UUUGCCUCUUUCCUUUCUCCCUUAGAUUUUCCUCUUGAAUUGAGAAGAAUGUGAAGAGAAAAGAAGAAGAAAUUUUCAGAUCGCAAGAGAAAUGAAUUCCUCAGCUCAGGUCUGUUACAACAAGACUACGUUCUACAGCCACUCCAUUUGGGUGGAAAAUUCUUUAGAAAACACACUACCAACCUUUGUUCUGCAAUUUGGCGUUGUUCUAGCAUUCAAUCGCAUUCUCCUACUUGUGGCAGAAUUAUGCCAUAUACCUGGUAUUGUUGUCAAUAUUUUGACUGGUGUUUUAUUAGGACCCUCUGUCAUGGGGCGUUGGGAUUCUUUCUUCCAAAACAUCUUCCCUUACAGGAACAUGUUGACAUUGGAGACCAUAGGGGCAGUGUCCCUUGUUUACUACGUGUUCUUGGUUGGGUUAGAGGUGGACUUGAAACCAAUAACAAGGUGUUACAACAAGAAAGCCAUGGUUGUUGCCACUGCUGGAACAAUCUUCACCUUACCAAUAGGGUUUGGCUUGUACUACCUUCUCAUCACCGAUAUGGGACACACAGCACAUACAGAAAAAAUUAAACACAUCAAGGGUGCAGUUUUAUGGGGAGCCACCCUUUCUUGCAGCAGUGAGUUCCCAGAGAUUGCCAAAUUCCUUUCGGAGAUGAAGCUUCUGCUAACAGAGAAUGGACAACUAGCUUUAACUUCUUCUCUGGUUAAUGACUUGUUUUCAUGGACACUACUUCUGAUGGCUGUAAUUCAAUCUUCUUACACUUCUCUGUUAUCAUUGAUCCUCACCCUCGUGACAGUGACAGGGUUCUGUUUUGUGAUUCAUCCCGUUGCUAAGAGGAUCAUCAACAAGGUUGGAACCGGGGAUCGUGAGUUUGUUGAGUCACAGGUGCUGCUUCUGUUGCAUGUAGUUUUGGUUGUGGGAUUCUUGUUUGAUGGGUUGGGUGCGCAAUCUGCGACUGGGGCUUUCUUUUUAGGAGUUGUGAUCCCAAAGGGUCCGCUGAACAAUGCCGUUCAGGACAAGGUGUUUGAUUUUGUGUCUACGUUCAUGAUGCCACUCUUUUUCCUCUGCAUUGGGGAGAGAGUCCAGAUUGAAAGCAUAGGCUUGGGAAUACAUUGGUACACCCUGGUGGUUGUUCUUGUGCUCGCCAUCAUGGCGAAGAUAGUGUGUGUUUUCGUGGUGUCUUGUAUCUACCAGAUGCCGCUAAUGGAAGGAUUUUCCCUUGCACUUCUCAUGAACAUGAAAGGAACGUUGCCAUUAGUCAUUCUGAUUUCCGGCAGGGACAUGCUUGAUCUGGAUAACCAAACCUUUGUGGUUAUGUUAUUGGCGUGUUGGUUAAUGACAGCAAUUGCGGGGCCUUUAUUGGCUUUGGCUACAGAAAUAAUUUCGAGGAGCAAACCUCUCACCGGCCAACAGAAGAACAGGCAAUGCACUAGGCCAGACUCACCGCUUAGAGUGUUAGCCUGCGUCCACACAAAAAGUGACGCCAACGCCAUCAUCAACCUUCUCAAAGCAUCAUGUCCAUCAGUGAGAUCCCCAAUUCAGGUGUUAGCAGUGGAGUUGAUAAAGAUGUCAAACCGCCCUGCUUCAUCCCUCAUCAUAAAGGAUGCUCGCAAGCCAUCCUUCACCUCGAGAUCCAGCUUUAACAAAGUCAAAGUCGGCGCCGGCGCUACGGACAACCUCGACAGCUUUGACAACCUCAGCCAGGCCAUCUUCUCGGAGAAGCUUCGGAUCAUCUCCCAAUUCAGCUCCAUGCACAAGGACAUCAUCCACCUCUCACAGCGCCGAGGCUUCACCCUCAUCCUCACCACCCUCUACAAGCAACCCACCUACGACGGCCUAGGCGCCGGCACCGCCACCGCAAGGGCCAUCAACAUCAUCAACCGCGACCGCGCCAGCAAGGACGAGAAGAAAGUGGUCAUGGAAAGUCUCAUUAAGGAAGCACCAUGUUGUGUUGCCUUGUUAGUAGAUAGGAGAUUUGGCCAGAAACGCGACAGGGAGAAGAGAAUUGCCAUGUUCUAUGUCGGUGGUGUUGACGACCGUGAAGCUCUUUCUUACGCAUGGAGGAUGAGUGGGAACAUGGAAGUUCAGUUAACAGUGGUGAGGCUCGUGUGGGAAAAUCCUAAAGAUGAGUUUGAUGACAAUGACAGGGAGUAUUUGAGGGAGUUUGUGCAGAGAGGGGCAAACACGCCGAGGGUGAGGUAUUUGGAGAAGACAGUGAGGAAUGAGAAGGAGACGGUGAGGCUUCUGAACAAGGUCGCAAACAAAGGGUUUGAUUUGUUCGUUGUGGGGAGAGGACAUGGGAGGAAGAUGUCACUGGCGCAAACAGAGGAACCAGUGUUGGAGGAACCGGCUCUAGGUCCUCUUGGGGAUGCUUUGGCGGAUUUAAACUCCGCUACUGAGACUUCCAUUUUGAUAUUGCAGAGAAAAGCUGUUGACAAUGGAGGUGAUUUGGGGAAACAUGAGCGAUCUUUGUCUGUGACAGAUGCUUUUCUAGAGCACCAAAUGAUGUUUCCUCCAUCAACAUAUCCACCAGUUGCUUUUGGUCACUAUACUUGAAAUUUAUGCCUCUGUGUGUGGUUAUAGUUUAUAAUGGUGUUCUUUGUGGAUUAUGGAACUGUGUUGAGUACAUGCUUGAUUCUGAUUAAGUAAAAUUCUUGAGUUUUGUGCAUGGAAAAGAUUUCCGCAGGAAGAGUCGGUCCCACCAAGAUGUGGAUACCACGAACUCGACCAAGAUUGACGUGUACUAGUGUUAUGAAAUAUCCGCCAUGACGCCGCCAUGGACGAUAUCUCGCAAUAUUCCGCCAUUAUUUGUCAUGUAUGGUGGGUCUCGGCUUUCCGCCAUCCGCAAUUAACAACACUGCUACAGAUGCGGUGAAACCUUGAAAAAACAAUGAGUUGGUUCUUGCUUGUAAAUAUCUGUUUAUUUUUUCCAGAUUAUGUGAAGAAUGCAUGUGAGGUAGUGGUGUACGGAGAGUGGAGUUAAUUAGGCUGUUGAGGUGAAGUAGUUUUUGAAAGGAUUUGCAUCCUAUCUUGUACUUGAAUAAUUCUGUGUGGCUUAGGCCAAUAUAGGAUGUCAUAAAUUUUCCUUAGAAUAAUAUAAUGAUGGAUUGAAAG